GCGGCUGACAUGACGGAGGGCACGCCGACCUGGUGACCAGCAGCCCGAUGGCUCUCAGGUGUCUGCGUCGCAGAGGGGGACCCUAUAAAACGGAGCCCGCCACCGACCUCAGCCGCUGGCGACUCAGCAAUGAGAGGGGCAGGCAGACGUGGACUUACUUUCAGGAAGAGGAAGACCCUGGCCGAGAACAGACUGGCCUGGAAGCCCACUCCUUGGGAUUGGACACCAAGAGUUACUUUAAGGACUUGCCCAAAGCCCACACGGCCCACGAGGGUGCUCUGAACGGGAUGAUGUUUUACGUGGGGCUGCAGGCUGAGGAUGGGCACUGGGCGGGUGAUUACGGCGGCCCGCUUUUCCUCCUGCCAGGCCUCCUGAUCACGUGCCACGUGGCACGCAUCCCUCUGCCAGCCGGAUACAGAGAAGAGAUCGUGCGGUACCUGCGGUCAGUGCAGCUACCUGACGGCGGCUGGGGCCUGCACGUUGAGGACAAGUCCACAGUGUUUGGGACCGCGCUCAACUACGUAUCUCUCAGAAUUCUGGGCAUCGGGCCUGACGAUCCUGACCUGGUCCGAGCUCGGAACAUUCUCCACAGGAAAGGUGGUGCCGUGGCCAUCCCCUCCUGGGGCAAGUUCUGGCUGGCCGUCCUGAAUGUCUACAGCUGGGAAGGCCUCAACACCCUGUUCCCGGAGAUGUGGCUGUUUCCCGACUGGGCGCCUGCCCACCCCUCCACGAUCUGGUGCCAUUGCCGGCAGGUGUACCUGCCCAUGAGCUACUGCUACGCCACCCGGCUGAACGCCUCGGAGGACCCACUGGUCCAGAGCCUCCGCCAGGAGCUGUACGUGGAGGACUUCACCAGCAUCGACUGGCCGGCACAGAGGGACAAUGUGGCCCCGGACGAGCUGUACACGCCGCACAGCUGGCUGCUCCGCAUGGUGUACGCGCUCCUCAACCUGUACGAGCGCCACCACAGCGCCAGCCUGCGGCAGUGGGCCAUCCGGAAGCUGUACGAGCACAUCGUGGCCGAUGACCGCUUCACCAAGAGCAUCAGCAUCGGCCCGAUCUCAAAAACCAUCAACAUGCUCGUGCGCUGGCAUGUGGAUGGGCCGGCCUCCUCCGCCUUCCAGGAGCACGUGUCCAGAAUCCCGGACUACCUCUGGCUCGGCCUCGAUGGCAUGAAAAUGCAGGGCACCAACGGCUCCCAGAUCUGGGACACCUCGUUCGCCAUCCAGGCUCUACUGGAGGCGGGCGGGCACCACAGGCCCGAGUUUCUGUCCUGCCUGCAGAAGGCACACGAGUUCCUGCGGCUCUCGCAGGUCCCAGAGAGCCCUCCGGACUACCAGAAGUACUACCGCCAGAUGAACAAGGGCGGCUUCUGCUUCAGCACGCUGGACUGCGGCUGGAUCGUCGCUGACUGCACAGCUGAGGCCCUGAAGUCCGUGCUGCUCCUGCAGGAGAAGUGUCCCUCUGUCACCGAGCACAUCCCCCGAGAGCGGCUCUGCGAUGCUGUGGCUGUGCUGCUGAGCAUGAGGAAUCCCGACGGAGGCUUUGCCACCUACGAGACCAGGCGCGGGGGGCGCUUGCUGGAGCUGCUGAACCCCUCGGAGGUCUUCGGGGACAUCAUGAUCGACUACACCUACGUGGAGUGCACCUCCGCCGUGAUGCAGGCCCUGAAGCAUUUCCACAAGUGCUUUCCUGACCACAGGGCGGCGGAGAUCAGGGAGACCCUGGAGCGAGGCCUGGAGUUCUGCCGGCACAGCCAGAGGGCGGACGGCUCCUGGGAAGGCUCCUGGGGCGUGUGCUUCACCUACGGCACCUGGUUUGGCCUGGAAGCCUUCGCCUGCAUGGGGCAGACUUACCGAGACGGGGCUGCCUGUGCGGAGAUCUCCCGGGCCUGCGACUUCCUGCUGUCCCGGCAGAUGGAGGACGGAGGCUGGGGGGAGGACUUCGAGUCCUGUGAGCAGCGGCGCUACGUGCAGAGCGCCCGUUCCCAGAUCCACAACACCUGCUGGGCUCUGAUGGGGCUGAUGGCUGCCAGGCACCCCGACGUAGCGGCCCAGGAGAGAGGAGUCAGGUGUCUGCUGCAGAAACAGCUUCCCAACGGCGACUGGCCCCAGGAGAACAUCUCUGGGGUCUUUAACAAGUCCUGUGCCAUCUCCUACACGAGCUACAGGAACGUCUUCCCCAUCUGGACCCUCGGCCGCUUCUCCCACCUGCACCCUGAGAGCGCCCUCGCCGGCCACCCCUGAGGGCACAUCUGCUGGCGGGGCGGGUGAGCGGUGGCGUCAUUUAAGUUCCAGGCAGGGCCAAGGUGUCUAGGCCAGGUGGGGGAACCAUCUGUGACCCUGCCUCGGGCUCCAGCCGCCGUCCCUGACCUCUGCAGGUGGAGAGGACCAGGCCCGGGGCAGGGUGGGCAGGGUGGGGGCUGCUGUAGACGCUGGGUUUUCGGCGUAGGGUUAGUUCUGAGGAUAGCUUGUCAGUCUCGGGUGAGGAGAGGAACAAGAUGAACCGGGACCCUUGAGCAUGACCUUCCACGGCAUCUCAGCACAGGGAUGAGACUGGGAGGGCUUUUCUGACCCACAGCUGAGUUCUUGGGAGAGGAACAGCUGUGCCUUGUGCUGUUCCUGCCUGGGUCUGCUGGGCACGUCCGGGCCGGCCGCUCCUCUGCUCUGUCUGUAGGGCCGAGGACGUGGGUGAGCCCACGGUGACGGUGGGGACAGUGUGCUGUGAGCAGCCCGGGCAGUGGGGGCCUCCCUGAGCACCCCGAGGCUGCAGUGGGAGCCGAGCGUGGCCCAGGCCUGCCCCCAGGUGGCAGCUGGCCUGCGUGGCGCUGUGGCUCGGCGGGUCUGUGGGCACCAGCAUCCCGACCCCCCAGGGGUUGUAGUCACCUGUUGAGACAGAAACACGCGCAGGUGCCCGAGCAGCACAAGGGUUGGGGGUCAACCG